CAGGAAACUGAUAGAGGAAAUCUAUGAAACAUGGCGCUCACACCAAUGCACCUGCUGGUGACUUUCAGUGUGGCCGCCCUGCUGAUAUAUGUGCCGAAGACAACUAAUUCACAGACCACCACUAUGCAAUGCGGAGAGAACCAAGAAUACAAAGCAUCUGAAAGUGACUGUCCAACCUGCAGCAAUUACAGAACACCUCGUACAUGUCCUCCAGGCUGUGCCUGCAAGGAGGGUUUCCUACCCGAUGACAAUGGAGACUGUGUGGAAAAGGCUGUGUGUGAGUCCUGUAAAGGGAACACAACGUACAACAGCUGCGCCUUCCCUUGUGGUGGACGUUGCGAGGAUAUUGGUAAACCGCCACAAAUCUGCAACAUACCAAUAUGCAAGGGAGGCUGUGUCUGCAAGGAAGGCUUCCUGCUCGAUGCCAUUGGAAACUGUGUGGAAAAGUCUAUGUGUGAGUCCUGUACAGGGAACACAACGUACAGCAGCUGCGCCUACGCUUGUGGCCGACUUUGUGAGGACAUUGGUAAACCAACAGAAAAGUGCUUCAUACCAUUGUGCAGGGGAGGCUGUGUCUGUAAGCAAGAGUACUGGUAUCUGAAUAACACUUGUGUGCUUCAGAAGGAUUGCCCAUCAUAAAUAAAGGGCAAUAAAGAAUUCUGAGAAACACUGA